CAAGGAAAAUGGCGUAGUUUUGUUUUGGUUCGUGAGACUGUACUUUGUUUUCAUCAUAACUGUACAGCGCUUGCCAGGGAAUCAAGAUGCCUUGGUACAAAUUAAUUCCCGAGUCUUGGAAAAAGAGAGCAUGUAGAUAUCUUCUCCAAAGAUAUGUUGGCCAUUUCUUGAAAGAAAAGCUGUCUUUGGAUCAGCUGAGCGUUGAUUUGUACAGUGGAAAAGGUGUCAUCAAAGAGCUAAAUUUAGAUGUCGAGGCUCUCAAUGAGGCAUUGGAGAGUGUUAACAUCCCCCUUGAGAUCGUGGAUGGUUUCAUCGGCAGUAUCUCCGUCUCCAUCCCAUGGACCUCGCUGCUGACGGACAGCACAACAGUAGAGGUCACUGGCCUCGAGCUGACAAUACAACCCAAACAAUGGGAUGACAGUGGAGACAGUCUGGACACCCUCUCCAUGUUGAACAGCAUGCACAUGACAUCCAGCAUGCAGCUGGCGCAGGAAGUCCUCAAAUCUGAGAAACUCACAGAAGAAGCAGCCGAAGAAACCACAGGCUUCGAGGGAGUCCAGAUGUUUGCCCAGACCAUUGAUGCAGUUCUGUCCAGGAUAAAGAUGUCCUUUGUAGACACCACGAUCAGACUGGAGCAUCUUCACAAGGGGGCAGACCGAGGUGUGGCCCUGGAGCUCAAGGUUGAAAGGAUGGAAUAUUUUGAUGACAUUGCCACCGAGCAGGAUGGUAGUCCUGUGGACAAUCCUUUGGGAGGUUUGUCUGAGCCGGCUGGUAUUGCUCACAAGAACAUCCAUGUGAUGGGGGUGUCGCUGUUCUUUGAUGAGUUCUUCAGAGAUCCGAGCCAGCACCAAGGACCUGAUUCCCCGGAGCUGUCACCAAGACUGUAUGACUCAACAGCAAGUUCAAUGUACAAGAGCACAGCCGAGAAUUUGAUCAACCAAAGCAUCACCACACAGCCUAAGUCACUUGGAACCUGCCUUGUGUCUGGAUCUCAGCCCAUUCAGGUGGCAGUCUUCUCCGGCAGGCAGGAACUCAAGGCCAAACUCAAACAAGUGGACACACUGCCUGGACCAAAGCUUGAACUUGACUGUCAGCUUGGAGCAUUCCAUUUGCUAUUAUCACCCAGACAACUUCAUGGGAUUCUAGAGAUAUUCAGUGGUCUUGCCUCCCCAGCUAACAGUGAUGAUUCCAGUGGCAAGAAGCGGUCCAGUAAAGACAAGCCGAUGAAGGCUGCCGACUUCCAGCGAGUGGAGUAUGAGCUACAGCGCCAUCUACAGACUGGGAGGAUGGAGCACCACAUGGCGCACAUGUCCCCGCAAACUGCGAUGUUCAUGCAGGAAGACAUCAUGAUGGAGUCUAUAGAUGAGCUGAGAGAUGAAGACCUGUACUUCUCCAUGCAUGGUGGGGUGCGAGAUUCGGCGCAGUCUGAGAUGGAGUCCUCCUUCUCCAGCAACUACAGUGGAAGCACCACCAAGACGGCCAGCACUGCCACAUCAUUCCCCAGAAGUGAAUCUACAGAUUACCGAAGACCAGCAUCCUCAUCAGCACCAAAGUCACCUAAAGAUCACAUACAGAAACUGUUGGACGACCCUUCAGCAGAACUGAGUAGAUACCGCCUCAAACUGAGUUUUAUCUCCAUCAACCUCCUACACGAGAACCCCACCUCCACUCCUGGUGAUCACUUCUCCCCCGAGGUGCCGGCCUCGGAGAAACUGAAGACUAUCUCUGACACCUACUUCAAUAAGGCAAAGUUAAUUGCCUUCAGUGGAAUGACGUCCUCACUGAAAGACCUGAGGGAGAAGUUCUCUACAGCACUGCCAUAUGAUCAUAUUGGGAUCCUGGGGAAGCCCCUGACUCUGGAGUGUGCCCAGAAGACGUCCCAGCAUGUCCAGAGUCUGUCACUAGAUGUCACCAUCGGGAUGUUCGAGGCCACCGAGUGUCUGUUUGACCGGCGCAACUUCACCUCCUCCAUGAUGGGCUUCAGUCUACCCAUCGACAACAAGCUGCCGGAGUACAGCCAGCUGUUGGUGUUUGACAACAAGGAUGGACCCGAUGCCUUCCCCAGCAACAUGUACAGCAGCAUGCACGGCGGCGCACCUGCCUUCAAGCUCAACAUCGUCACCGCUGACAGGAUUAAGUCGAGUUCCAAGUCACGCAAGCUGCCUAAAACAAACAUCAACUUUGAACUCGGUCAGUUUACAUCUGAGAUUGAUAUCACCAUUGUGGACCGCAUCAGUGCCCUGCUGUCUCCGGAGCCUACCAUCCCUACUGACCAUGGGGGUGGUGCGAGGUUCAAGACGUCGCAGCAACAGCAGACCAGUGUGUUGGGGCGGCAGUGUUUCAGCCAGGCCAUGGAGGAGGGGCCGAUGAUGGAACAGAAGCAGAUGGAUCUGCACAUCUCCAGUAGUGGAGCCACACUCCGAGUCAGAUUCCCGAUCAUUGACCUGAGGACCGGGCCCCAAGUGAUCCGCCAGCCCUGGUGGCAGAGGAACCUCCACAAAGAAGUCCUCAUCCUAGAGAUGAAGAACUUCACUUUUCAGACAGAUCUUGGCAACUCAGGACCACAACAGAAGAUGGAGUUCAUGUGCAGUGAUAUAUCAGGCUUCUUCCAAGAGGACCCAAACGAUGCGCCUGUGUUGCUGGUGUCAGUUUCAUCUGAUGAUGGCUGUGAUUCCUCAGAGAAAGGCUUCAACUGGCCACGACUCGUGAUUGCAACCAGCCAGAAGGAGCCAUCUGUGUUGGAGGACGACCAGGGAGACACUGAUGACUCCUUGCCAAUGGAUUCUUUGAAUGGAGCUUGUCAGUUUGACCGAGCAGAACCGUCACCCUUCUCGGCCCGCAAGUCCAUGUAUGAACAGGAAGAUCUCAGCAGUCUGAGUGACAAGUCAGAGAGCAAGCACACCAGUGAGGAGAUGGUUCUGCCUGGAGACAAGGAGGAGAUGAGAGGCUUCCAGGACUACUGUGUCAACAACACAAAGCUCCUGGUAGACAUCACACUGCCGAUCGUCACCGCCUUCCUCCCCAGCAGGAGUCUGUUUGAAGUGCUCUACAACAGGGUGAACAAUGACCUCACAUUGUGGGAGCCAAGCGCUCCGUCUCCACUGAGAACACAGGAGUCCAUGAACCUUGCUCACCCAGCCAACCUGGACAUCCUCCAUCUCCUGCAGCAGGCUGGAGACCAGGAGAAGUUCCAGUUGACCAAGUCAGCUCUCCAGUAUGACUCUGGUUCAGACUCAGACUCAGAAGACUACCACUACUCCAUCCAUGAUGGCCGCUCUCGCAGCCAACGGACCUCCAAGCAGCAGCUUCCUAGCAAGUUCUGCUUCUCUCUCAGUAUCACCAAAGGAAAACUUCUGAUGGUCACACCACAUAAGGAAGAAGGGAAGCACGGGGAGGUGUGUCUGGAGGUGGAUGAAGCUGUCCUCUUCUCCGUCAUCAGCUACAAUGGAGAUCCUGACCUUAGAUACCUCUGUUUCCAGUCAAACAAAGCAGCCAUGAGUAACAAUGGUUACCUUGGUAACCCUGUAGUACCAGGCAACCUGGAGCCCCUGAAGCAAGACUCCCUCCCAGCCCAUCUGGAGCCCCGGAUUUACAAGUCAGAAAUGGGUGUGGCCUCCAAGGCUGCCAGCUGUGUGGGGCGUGGCCCGGACAGCCCCGACAUGAUCAGUCUAGCCAUCAAGAUCAAACUAGAUACAAUCAACAACACCAAGGACUUCAUUGUGUCGGUGAAUGUGAGAGGGGGGACACUACGACACAAGAUGGUUGCCAGUGGUGAAAGCUGGAUCUCCCAGUGUCUGGACUUCCUGGAUGUGAAGGACUACCCUAUCCUGGGUUACAUGGAGCCCAAGGUCAUCACGGAGCUGCACGUUCAUCUAUGGAGUUGUGCUGUAGACUACAGACCAUUCCAAGAUGAAGAUGACUUGGUCACAGAACCUGUUCAUCUUGCUCAGCGUGCCAUGUUGACAGCAGAAACCUUCAGUAUAUCCAGCAACAUUGUAGCCCAAUCUCCAACUACCCUACUCAGGUUCCACCUUGAUGAUGCUGCUCUAUUUCUGUCCAACAAGAACUACAUGGAGGUGAAUCUUAGAAGAGACUAUGUGUGUGUAGCGGACCUGGAGAGGUUUGAGCUGUCUUUGAGGACCAGCGAUGGCAAGGACCAGAAGUUUCCCAAGACUGACCUGAGAAUAUCCACCAAUCGUGUGAACAUCCGCACGUGUGCCGACUCGUGUAAAGCCCUGACAGAGUUGAUACGCUACUUUGCCGAUGACGGUGACCUCUUCCCCGCCGACAGCCCACCUCUGGAGGAGGCUCACCUUGUGUCCAGCAACCCGUCCCGGGAGUCUUCACUUGUACCUGAGACUGUCCCGGAAAGCUACCAGAUGUCGGAGUCCCGCUUGGAGCAUGUCAGCACCAUGAUGGUGGACGCCAUGCAGGAGUCUGAGGCCUCCUCAUCCAGCUCAGAAUCUCCUGAAAGACAAGGUUCAGACAACAAGACUCAAGUUUUCUUCCUGCCAAAUACUCAGACCCAAGGUCAAGGUCAGGUCCCUCCAGCCGGGCUGAGGCCGAUCGUCAUCUCAACCAGUGCAGAGUCUGUGACCAGUAGCACCUUGUCUGAUCGCACCGAGAAGCUGAGUGAUGAUGAGGAAUUCUGUAUCAUCGAUGACCCGGGCUGGGGGAUAGCUCCACGUGACGGUCAGCCAGUGGUACGUGUGCUGACCAAGGGUCCUGUCUGUAUCAAGGACAACUACUUCAGUCAGCCCCUGGGGAAGACGGACCAGCUGAAGCCCCCGGAACACUUCCCCCCCGCAGAGUACCGCUACACCCUGAAGGAGCUCACCCUUGUGUGGUACAUGUAUGGGGGCAUGGAUUUCUCUGGGGAGAGGGCAGACAUUUCGAGUGCAUCUUCAUCACCCAAGCACCCAAGAUUGCCGGGCCAUGGUGGAGGUGGCGCCGUGAAGAAGCCCAGCAGACAUCCCGCCAGCUGGCACUCCCGAGGAGGGCCGCAGCGAGAUCUCAACACACUCAUGGAGCUGCAGCUGACCAAGGUACGAUGUCAACACGAGGUCUACCCAGUUCACACGAGGCAAGCCUCCAGACAGGUCCUCAUCAUUGCCGAGUUCGAAGUCCGAGACCGCCUGGCAACGUCCCAGAUCAACAAGUUCCUCUACCAGUACACCUCGGAGAACAUGCCCAAACAAACACAUGCCAAUAUGCUGGUGGUCAAGGCUCUCCACACCCGGCCGGAGUCGUCCCCCAUCCAGCAGGAGUGUGCCCUGCGGGUGUCCCUCCUCCCCCUCAGACUCAACAUUGACCAGGAUGCGCUGUUCUUCUUGAGGAAGUUCUUCAUUGAUCUGUCCGGGGGGAGUGCACCCUCCCCUCACAGCAAGUCUGUGCCUGUCCCCGAGAGUCCAGUGGGCAGCCCUAAGCCCGGCACCGCCUCCUCCUCCACCCCCCCUGCUCCCCCCGCCCCCGUGAUGGCCGUCAAUCUGAGCCCCGAGGAGGAGUCGGAACAGGACCAACAGGACCUGCUCAUCAUGUUCGAUGAGAUGAACCUGGAGUCUAAUGCUGGGCUAAACCAGGAACUGUCAGAGAGCACAUCAUCAUCCACAGGAUCGGACCAUGGGUCUCAGCCGGUCUUCUUCAAGUCUUUCAUAUUUUCUCCCGAUGUGCCAAUACGGUUGGACUACCAUGGCAAGAGAGUUGACAUGGAGCAGGGAACAUUUGCUGGAUUGUUGGUUGGCCUUGCUCAACUGAAUUCGUCCGAGCUCAAAUUGAAGCGUCUCAACUACAAGCAUGGCUUGCUGGGCAUGGACAAACUGGCCAAGUAUGCUGUGAGUGAGUGGCUGAAUGACAUCAAGAAGACACAGCUGCCCAGCAUCCUGGGGGGAGUGGGGCCGAUGUACUCCUUUGUGCAGAUAGUGCAUGGCGUGAGGGAUCUGUUCUGGCUGCCGGUGGAACAGUACCGCAAAGAUGGCCGCAUCGUCCGUGGGAUCCAGCGAGGGGCAAGCUCCUUCACCACGUCCACCGCCAUGGCUCUGCUGGAGCUCACCAACAAACUGGUGCAGUCCAUUCAGUAUGUGGCCGAGUUAACCUACGACAUGUUGUCCCCGGGGCCAAGUGUUCGCAAGGCUGGCACACGACGCCCAAAGCAACAUGUCCGCCGUGGUCAGCCAUCAGACAUGAGAGAAGGAAUGACCAAUGCCUACAUUGUCAUAAGAGAGGGUAUCUCGGACACAGCCCAGAACCUGGUGCGGGCGGCAACAGAGGAGCAGGAACAGAAGGGGCUGACAGGGGUGGUAGGGGGCGUGCUCCGUCAGAUUCCGCCCACCAUUGUGCAGCCUGUCAUCAUCGCCUCAGAGGCCACCUCCAAGGUCCUAGGUGGGAUGAGGAACCAGCUCCGCCCCGAGGCCAAGAAGGAGGAUGAGGACAAGUGGAGAGAGGGAGACAAGAGUUGAUGAGAGAGUCAUGUCAGGGUGUGUGUAUGUGUGGUCGUGUGGAAGGUGUGUGGAAGACCUCAGAUUUCGGAAGAAAUCUCAGCGAUGUCAGAUUUUAGUUGAAGUUUCGGAUGGCUGAUGUCAUAUGUGAUGUUGGUUCUUCAGGCUGGUGUGUUGUAAGUAGAAGGGACUGUGGAAUGAUGAUGGUUGUUUGAAGAUUUCUGUCAGGUCUCUUGUUGGCUGUGAGAACCAUCAUGCUUUCUGGUUGUUGGGAAGGAGGUGACGGCAGUUGCUGGACAACUGGUAUUACCUUGCAGGGUUGUUUUAAGACGGAUGUCUUCCAGGAGUACUUGUUUGAUGGUGAUGAUGAUGAUGAUGAUGAUGAUGAGGAUGAUGAUGAUGAUGAUUGUUGAAGGUGUAGUUGAUCAUUUCUACGUCAUCACAGUCCCACAGUCCCACAGGAAGAGAGGCUGAUGUUCAUAUGUGAUAUUGAACGUGUCAUGAUGUUCCUGGAACAUUGUGAGAUCAACAAACUAGUCUGUAAUAGCUGAAGAAUGGUGUGUAGUCACUACAGGAGAUGCUUCAGCCAAACUGCUGUCGUGUGGAUUUGAUGUGUGAUGGUAUGAGAUUGUGGGCAUGUCUUUCUUGUGAGUGUCAUUCACACUGGACUGUGGUUCCUAGAAACAUGGCUACUAAAUACCCCAGCAAUGUACCUAAACAAAGCUAUCACUGUAUUAUAGCUACUCUGUAGUGAGUCCAUGCUGUGGUUCCUGGGAACAUGGCUACUAAAUACCCCAGCAAUGUACCUAAACAAAGCUAUCACUGUAUUAUAGCUACUCUGUAGUGAAGCCAUGCUGUGGUUCCCGGGAACAUGGCUACUAAUUACCCCAGCAAUGUACCUAGGUCAAGCUAUCACUGUAUUAUAGCUACUCUGUAGUGAGUCCAUGCUGUGGUUCCUGGGAACAUGGCUACUAAAUACCCCAGCAAUGUACCUAAACAAAGCUAUCACUGUAUUAUAGCUACUCUGUAGUGAAGCCAUGCUGUUGUUCCCGGGAACAUGGCUACUAAUUACCCCAGCAAUGUACCUAGGUCAAGCUAUCACUGUAUUAUAGCUACUCUGUAGUGAGUCCAUGCUGUGGUUCCUGGGAACAUGGCUACUAAAUACCCCAGCAAUGUACCUAGGUCAAGCUAUCACUGUAUUAUAGCUACUCUGUAGUGAGUCCAUGCUGUGGUUCCUGGGAACAUGGCUACUAAAUACCCCAGCAAUGUACCUAGGUCAAGCCAUCACUGUAUUAUAGCUACUCUGUAGUGAAGCCAUGCUGUGGUUCCUGGGAACAUGGCUACUAAUUACCCCAGCAAUGUACCUAGGUCAAGCUAUCACUGUAUUAUAGCUACUCUGUAGUGAAGCCAUGCUGUGGUUCCCGGGAACAUGGCUACUAAUUACCCCAGCAAUGUACCUAGGUCAAGCCAUCACUGUAUUAUAGCUACUCUGUAGUGAGUCCAUGCUGUGGUUCCUGGGAACAUGGCUACUAAUUACCCCAGCAAUGUAUCUAGGUCAAGCCAUCACUGUAUUAUAGCUACUCUGUAGUAAAGCCAUUGUGGUACCUGGGAACAUGGCUACUAAAUAGCCCACCCAUGUUCCUAGGAAAAGCUAUCACUGUGUCACAGAUACUCUGUGAUGAAGCUUUGGUGUAGUCUCGAUGAACAUGACUUCUAGAUAGCCAAAUUAUGCACCAAGCUACUGCUGUGGUACCUAGGAAUGCAGCUUUCACUCUCUCUGCACACACGUCAAACACCGCCAGCUGUCCCAAGUUGUCUAAGUAGUAUUUGUGUGAAGACAACAAGGUGACAUCUAUACAAAGGUCAUAUUCAUGUAUUCGUCUUUCAUUCACUCUCUGUGUUGUACAUUUUAUCAAAGGUCAUAUGAACUGGUAUGUAUUUAUCUAUCCCUUUCUGUGUGGUACAGUGUUGUAGAACCAUGACCAAUAUAUUACACUGUUACCCACUUGGGGUGGGAUUGAAGCUCUCUGGUGCCAAUAUAUGAAUACAAGUAGGCCUCAAAAUAUUGGAAGCGUGUAAGAGGCUGGUUUUGUUUUAGUUAAAAGAAAUAUAAUCCCAUUGUAUUAGGAAAUGCAUGUGUAUCUUAAUACAGCAAUACAAUUCUUCCAUGUUGAGAUACGUAGGCUAGUGCAUGCAUGUAGGCAUCUUCCUUAAGCAAGGGAGUUAACAGACUAUAAAAGUCCAGUUUCCACCCUUGCCACUAGGCUGGAAUUAUUUGAGUUAAAUUUUGAUUUGGGCUGGACUAAUGAGUCUAUGCAUAGUCCAGUCAAAAUCGCGUAACAAAAUUGACAACAGGUUCAUGAACAACAUGGCAACUGCUGUGAACAUUUUGGUUGAUUCCAGUAUUUGCAAAGCAUGUGUACCGUCAACUAGGCAUUGACAGAUAUUUUUCAAAUGUUUGGAUGGCAUGUAUGAUGUAGGAUACUGUGUAUGGGACAUACAGGACUGACUUCUAUUUCAGUGGAAGUAUGGGUGGGCAGUGUUCUUUGACACUGCAAUUCACUGUACACCCCUUAACCUGCCAGAUCUGUGGCCUGUUUCACAAAGAGUUUGUAGUGCUAUGACUGUCGUAAGUCUAUGUGUAGGAGUUACGAUAGCCAUAAUGCUACGACUACUUUGUGGAAGGAAGACCUGAUAAGCUUGGGUUUGAACCCUCGAUUAGCCCUAUUUAUUAUCCUUGGUCUGGUAUCACCAUACCUGUGCCAGCAGAAACCCCAAAGUGGUAAAUGUCUACGGCAUAUAUAACUUGGACUUUUCCCUAAGUUUAAUCUGAUACUGGUCAAGGCAGCAUUAAACCUCUCACCAAUUCACUUCUUUUAUGGGCACAAUGGAGAUGUAUGGUUUCUUGUUUCAAUGACAGUACAAUGACAAUGAAUACACAAGGUAAUCUUAAUCCCUGCAUGUAAAACAAUGUCUAGCAGAACAUAAAAUACAAUUUAAACGGUAAAUCAACGUGUCUGGUGAUUUUUUAUCUAAAAUUUCAAAUUUAUGCUGACCUCUUAUCACCCAUUCGUUUUCCGGAAUUCGCUGAAGGGGUAGAGUGUAAUUAUUUUCGGCGCAUAAUAUUAAAAAAAAAAAAAAUUCUCAAAUACCGAAUCCGCUAGAGGGGGAGUGCGUUCUACUUUGGUGCACACUAUACACAUACGGUAUAUAUUAGUGGAGUACUGAAAGCUGAUGUCUAUGCCAUCUAUACUAGUUCAGACCUUCAAGAUGUUUAAUGCUGGGGCAGUUUGCUGCAAUGGUUAAAGGCUUGGGACUAGAAUGUGUAUUGUGGAACUGUCUGACCAGAUGGCCCAUGCAUAUAUUUGUUAGCUCACAAGUAUGUACCGCACAUUGUCUGUAAUAAACUUGUACUUUUUCAGCAGUUUGAAACCACAGGGCCUUUAACCCAUUUAAUGCUGAAAUUUAGCAGACAGCUUCCAACACAGUAUUCACAGCAGCCAUACACAGAAAGAGGAUCAGAUGUUCAAUAUGAUAACAAGUGUCUCUAUUUUAGAUAUAAGUACUGUGCAUAUUUCUUAGCCAUUUCUGAAUGUUUUGGGGGUGUGGUUUGACGUGUAAUGUGUGUAAAACUCAACAUAUAUGAUACUUUAUUUUUUAUCCUGUUAUAGCCUUUCAUGGGAUGAACCACAAGUUUUAUUUUUUCAAGAUGAUUCCGAACAAUAUAGGUGAGCUACAGUGACUUUGGGUUCUUUUUUCUCAUAUUAAUCAUCAGGUUUUAUCAUUGAUGUUUUAAGUGUUUCUGCUUUCUUUGUUUUCUUAAACAAUGUACAGUGUAUAGAAAUUUGUUUUGAUUUUCUACUUAUCUAUAAUGGUGAAAUUAUGUACAUCUUCAAAUGUCCAUCAUAAUUUCAGUCAUAAUAGGCUAAAGAGUCUCUCACAGGACCUUAUUGAUGCAGAAAUUCAAAUAACAAACUUGUUGAUGCAAGAUAUAUAGAGACAGCAAGUAAAUAUGUAUGUGUACUACUCCACUUUUGAUAGGGAUGUUUUUUAUCUCCCCAUGAUGCACAAGGCUGAGGGGCGGUCGGGUAGCCUGGUGGUUAAAGCGUUCGCUCGUCACGCCGAAGACCCGGGUUCGAUUCCCGACAUGGGUACAAUGUGUGAAGCCCAUUUCUGGUGUCCCCCGCCGUGAUAUUGCUGGAAUAUUGCUAAAAGCGGCGUAAAACCAUACUCACUCACUCACUCACUCACAAGGCUGAAUUUCAUGUGUCAAGUGUAUGUUUAAUUAGAAUGGCAUAUCCCAGUAUCUCUAUCAAAGGUUGAGUAGUAUAGUCAGAAGUGGAUUUAGUUCACAUUCACUUUACAAAUGCUUCUGAAAGUCUAGAAUUUCUUUUGCAUCAAUUUUUGCUUUUGUUUAUUUUAAUAUAUCAUUUUCUAUGUAGCCUUAAUAUUACUGAUUUAUCAAGAAAGGUGUGUUCUUGGCCUUGAUUGUCUGUAUUGUUUUGUUAUCAGUAAAUCACAGCCAUGCUACUGUCUGAACUGUGAUAUCCACCAUGCUGUCACAUCAUUUUGAUUCUGUAGUCUCUUUCAACAACGCAAGGGGCACAGGUGGCCAAGUGGUCUAAGGAGCUGUAACUCACUGUGCAGAGUUGCGUCCCUUAGCAGUGCAAGGAUCUGCUUGUCAUGGGUUGGAAAACCAAGAUUUGACUCAGUUAUGAUCCUUGAUCUGUCGGCACAAUACAUAUGUUUGUUGCUAUCGAUGUUGACUUGACAUGAUGUGAUUAAAAUAGUGUUCCAAGAUGAAACCUCUACUCAUGAGUCCGAGCUGGUAUACAGAUUAUAGAAAAAGUCUUCUGACACCUUCUGUAUAAAUGUUAAUGUAUUACUUGAGUGAGCAGUUGUUGUGUACCAUGUAUCGCUGACUUCUUUACAAUGUUGCAUAAUAGCUGCUAUGCUGUUAUAUGUUGCAUCUGCUGCUGCAGUCAGUGAUAGUCACCUGGGACGUCUCUCAAGUCUAGAAUUGAGGAGGCUUUAUUAAAUAAUCACUGUACUAGAACUUACAUCUACACAAUACUUUGAUUCCCUACAGAAAAUGACAAAUUGUGAUACUGAAAAUGAUCAGUCAGCUCCAAUGUUACAUCAGCUUGCUUCUCAGCAAUAUUAUAAUAUUGAAAAGCAAAAAAAAGGGGCAAUAAAGAAGAAUUUCAUGAAUUACAAUAAUGGCAUUUUGGCAGAAAUCAUCAUGCUUCCUUCCAGAAUGGCCCAGUCCUCCAUGUCAUGCCUGGCUGUUGUGGAGUUGUCUGCCCUUUGUCCUGUGUAUAUCUGCUGUGUGUGAACUGUUGACAGGCUUACCAUUGUUAGAACACAUGAACCAGUAGUGUAGAUGUAUUACAUGUUCCUGCCUCUAGAGAAAAAUAUUCCUGUUAGUAAACAUUCCUGGUCGUAAGUUGAUUAUAGGACGUAAUAUGACCUGUGUGUAUCUGUGUUCGUAUCGGAACAUCCUCCAAUCCUUCGUCACAAGCACCUGCUGUUUCUUUUCAAUCUCAUUAAAAUCAGAUGUUGGUGCUUGCUAUUUCGCCAAGAUCUGAUCUUGGUGCUUGCUAGUACACUAAGAUCUGAUCUUGAUGCUUGCUUGUACACUAAGAUCUGAUCUUGGUGCUUGCUAUUACGCUAAGAUCUGAUCUUGGUGCUUGCUAUUACGCUAAGAUCAGAUCUUGGUACUUGAUAUUACGCUAAGAUCUGAUCUUGGUGCUUGCUAUUACGCUAAGAUCUGAUCUUGGUGCUUGCUAUUACGCUAAGAUCUGAUCUUUGUGCUUGCUAUUACGCUUAUUUAAAGAUCUGAUCUUGGUGCUUGCUAUUACGCUAAGAUCUGAUCUUGGUGCUUGCUAUUACGCUAAGAUCUGAUUUUAAUGAGAUUGGUUUCCUUUAUGAAUGCUGCCUUUGGUUUAGUCCUUGACAGGUGUAUGUUUGAUUGUAUAUCCCACACGGAUCUAGAUAAGCUGCUGCCUUGUAUUACUGUAUACCUGAUCGGAUCAUUUGAAAGGGGCCCACAUCCAUGUGUAUGAUUGUAUGGAAAGUUAUUUUAAUAACAAUUUUCUUGCUCACCCUUUACAUCUUGAAAUGGAUAUUACAUUUGAAUUAUUUUCAUGUGUUUUUUUGCAUUUGUGUUGAGGUGAUGUUAGGAAAUAUGUUCACAAUAACACAACAUUCAGUGAUAGUGUUUCAUAGCUAGCUGCAUUUGUGGAUCUUUUCACCUCUUUUAUUGAGUAACUUGUCAUGCCACUAACAUUGAAUAUAAAAAAUCUUGAAGUUGAAUAUUAGCAUGAGCAGUGGGUUUUGCGAGCUGGUCCAUUAUAAACAGGUCUCUCUGUAUCUGACUCGUAUGUAUGGACUAGAUAAUGUUUACUGGUGUGUUAGGGUCUCUGUAGAGGACUGAUAAAUAAACACAUUUUGUGAUUACCCAGUAGUUAGUUACUGAAACUGCAAUAAUGGAAUUGGUUAUGUUAAGCAGGUAUGCAUGUUCCUACUUAUCGAUGCUUCAACAUAGUACUGUAUCCAACAGGUUCAUGUACCGACUCCCACUUGUGAUGAGAGACAUGAGUAAUGUGUGUUUCUUCGCCAUGUCUAGAGAGGCGUAUCCAAACCUUGCCAUUUUAGCAUGUCAACAAAUGUCCUAGUGUGAGUGAUGGCAGGACCAGUGACCAUGACUGUCUUUCAGAAUGAAACCACAUUUAGUAUAGAUUUGUCAGGUAGAUGAUGGACCUUGUUACGCACAGUUAAUUAUAGGUGUUUAGAAUAUGUUUCCGAACAGUUGAUAAAUAUUCUCUAAAUUUAAUGAUGGACACUGAGUCAACCUCAAACCAUUUUGUGUUUGCGUUCUAUUCAAGCUUCUUUAUUCAAGGAUUCUAUGUUGUACCGAAAAUUGUUCUGUCAUGUUUGUGAUAAUUUGAAUAAUUGUACAAAAAAUAAAUAGAGUUACUUAUUAGAGAGGCCUCUGCCGAAAUAUGAAACCUUGGGCCUGGAGACAUCCUGGAGACAUAUCUACAUAGUUCUACAGGGGCACAUGGAGGUUCUGCAGUGGGAUUUUGAAUUCAUGACGAGUGGAUGUAUUUUCUUGUCAAAGUUUGCAAGGACACUUCAGGUUGUUGUUGUUGAUUUUUGUUUGUGAGUAAAGAUGGACGUACAGUGUCUGGUUGUACAGAAAGGCAUGUGCAAUGUUCAGUGAUACUCGACUGGAGUCACGGAAGGUGGAUAUUUAUGCAUACACAUCUGUACAUAAAAUAUUUAUUCAACAAAAAUAAGCUAUUUGUAAAUGGUAUGCAUAUAUGAAGUGAUUGAAAUGAAUGUGAAUAAUAAUAUCAUGAAGUAAACAGCUGCUUUUUUUGAAAAA